CGUGCACCAUGCAGAUUCUCGAUUCGAUUGUGGAGCCAACCUGAACGUCCAUACAGCUGGGUCGCUGCAGACCCUCGGCCACUCACUUGACUCUCGUGCCGGUUUCUCCGAUAUAACAACCCCAAUCCUAUGUCCCCGGGCCGUCGUAACACCUUGUAAGUACCAUCGCGCUGGAUUCUGGUCCUGGAUCGUCUUUCUGCACAGCGCAACCAUAUCCUGGACCUUGCCCCUGCACUUGUGCUGUUCUGACCUCUCAAAUGCUUCGCGGCGCGGAAGGCUCAUAAUAUGUUCCAUACUUUCCAGUCGUCUGCGGGCCAGCGACAACCCGCAGGCGAGGGUGAGUUAGCGGGGAAACCAAUACGGUCGUCUGGUUCUCGACGGAUAUCGACUAGCAAUGCGUGCGUCGAGUGUAGACGGCGGAAGAUACGAUGCGAUGGAAAUCAGCCAUGCGGACAGUGCGUUUGGUAUCAACAUCCAGAAGCUUGCAGCUACUCAAAACCCGCGCAGCGAGUCGUUCCUAGUCGCAAACUAGUCGACAAACUCUCAAAUAAUGUUGAGCUGUACAAGGGCAUUCUAACGAAGUUGAUUGGCAAUACGCAGCUCGACUUGUUAGCGAAUCUUUCACGAGAGGAAUUACUCCAACUUGCACUGGCUUCCCCGGAGGUCACACAAGGGACCUCGCCUUCUGUAGCAAAUGCGCGGGCUAUGUCGGAGAUCCAUGCCGGAUCAGACGGCGCCGACAGCCUGGAAGCGCUUGAGCAAGCACCCCCUGAAGACCCGUAUUGGGACGAAGCACGAAAACAUCAGAUCCGUGUCCAGGGGAUAUCGGAUGACGUAAAUGGUCUCUCUAUGUCUGUGGACAGGCUGUCAUCUUAUGUCGGAAUCUCGUCCAUCACAGCAGCUCUGAAGGUCAUUGUCCGCUGCGCACCGCAAGCACGACCACUGCUCACCCACAACAACCAAACAGAAACAGCACUACCCAGCCGAGUCAAUUCUCCCCCGCCGGAGCUCGGAACCAACCAUCCAUUUGCGUUACCUUCCCAGAAACAAGGAGAAAGCCUUAUCGAGAGCUACUUCGAGCGGUGUCAUCCAUUUUUCCCACUGAUCGACGAACGCAAAUUUUGGGCGGCCUAUCUGCAUGGAAACCGGACCGACUCUCAAUGGCUGGCACUCCUGAACAUUGUGUUUGCAGUGGGUUCCUUGGCAUCAUCGACUGCGGAUAAUCAAGCACAUUACACAUACUUCAACCGAUCGCGAGGGCAUCUCUCUCUGGAUUCCUUUGGCAGUGGCAACAUCGAAGUGCUGCAAGCUCUGGGUAUCAUGUGCGGCUACUACAUGCACUACCUGAACCGACCGAAUGAAGCACACUCACUCAUGGGUGGUACCCUCCGUAUGGCGACGUCACUAGGUCUCCAUCGAGAGUACUCGGAGCGAAAUGACACUGGCAGACAAGCUGCGCGGCCCGAAGACGAGGACGAGGACGAGGAGGAAGCCAUCUCCCCCGAAUUGAGGCGACGAUUGUGGUGGAGCUUGUUCUGUCUUGAUGCUUGGGCAUCUACAACAACCGGCAGACCAUCUUUGGGGAGGAUGGGGCCAUCCAUCACGGUGCUGAAGCCUGGCACAGCCGCUAAUGCUGUGCCGACCAUCAUCAUGCCCAACAGUCCACAGUUCAUGGACCAACUGAAGUUGCUCCCUUUGACCCAUGCAUCCACAUUUUGUGCAAUUGCUACGAAGAUUCAAGACCGACUGGUGGAGUCACCUCUUCUGCCCCAUGCAGAGAUAGGAGCCUAUGAUGCUCAGAUCAUGAAAUGGCAUGAGGAGCUUCCGUCAAUUCUAUCUAAUUACGAGGAACAAUGCCCGGAGUUCCUCCACCGAGUGCGAUGCGUCAUGAGGUGGCGCUGGCACAAUAUUCGAAUCGUACUACACCGACCGAUACUGCUGACAACGGCUCUUCGGAGAUGUACAUGGGCCAACUUGACAACGGAGGAGAAGAUUGCUGUCGAAAAGUGCCGCACAGUAGCUAGCACUACGAUCGAGGAACUCAACAGAGACUGUAUGUCUGAUCUGAUCUCUGGGUGGAAUGCUGUCUGGUUCUGCUUCCAGGCCUGCAUGGUACCUCUCGUUUCUUUGUUCAGUGACGCGAGUCAACCAGAAGAAGUCGAGAAAUGGAAGUCUAGCAUCGAGACGGCUUUGGCUUUCUUUGAUCGAAUAAGAGACUGGAGUAUAGCAGCAAAACGGAGCGCAGACGCAGUCUCAAGACUCUACACAGCGUACAAAGCGCAAAAGACGACCCCGCCACAAUCAUCGAUACCACCAACACCACAAUUGCAGCAACAGCAGGCAUAUGCCAUGUCGAACAACUACUACCCUAGUUUCGAAACGAGCCAGCAAUCCUUCGACUUCAACGCUGCUGGGCUGCAGAACUGGCCAAAUGCGAAUAUGAACGACCCGAACUACCUAAAUUACUUUUGGGACGACAUGAUGUGGGACACGAAUCUACCGGAUAUGCAAGAUGCACCAUAUGGCAUAAGCAAUGUUUACGACUUUACGGGUGCGGCGCAAGACUCGGGCAUGGAUGGGGCGUAUUGGAUGCAUGGAAACUGAGGACAAAACCCACGAUGUAGAAAGGAGUGUGCUAGACGGUCGCUUUCAUCUCAUUGCACGAUACCCUGGUCCUGCACACUAUAUGUUUGCGGAGGUUAUGGACAUACCUGAAUGGAGUUUUUCAAAUGUUGCACGGUUCCAGAUCGCUGCUUUUCUUAAGUCUACGUGUACUCUACUAUUUGUGCCGUCGCAGAGGAGAGGCCGUC